AUGAUGCGACACAAGGUGCUAGUUCCGGCACAAGGUGCAGGAAUUCGCCGUGGCACUCCCUCCAAGAUUGCGUGAAAUUUGACCGCGGCUGCACUUCCGAGCCCUGGGAAAUAACCGGCUGUACUGUACGUACGGGAAGGGUGACUAUGGCCGGGAAAGAAACAGCUCGACCCUACUUUACGAUGUCGGGCUGCAACUGCAACGUCGGCGAGGGUACAAGCAGUGCAGCCUCUGAUCUGGACAUCAGCAGGAAGUCACCACCUCGACGGUCCGUACGGGACGAGGCGACUGUGGCCCGGAAAGAAACAGCUCGACCCUACUUUACGAUGUCGAGCGGCCACUACAACUUGGCCCAGGGUACAAGCAGUGCACCCUAUGAUCUGGACGAAUGCAGAGUUCCCGGAGGAACCAGACAAGCAGCGUUUCACCAGCGAGACAACCAGGUUGCCAGCAGAAUCCAACAGUGCGGCGUUUGCCGGUUCGUUUUCACCGACACGAAAGCCUUCCAACAGCACGCCGCUCACCACUUGCUUGGGAAAAACAACUGCUACGAGUGCGGCAAACUGUUCAUGAAGCCUUGCGACGUCAAGAGGCAUUUACGUAUGCACGGCGAACCAUCCUUUGAGUGCAGCGUGUGCGGCCAAAAAUUUUAUAGCGUAGAUGAGCGCAAGUACCAUAUGCUUUCAUGCCACGUAGGCGUAGAGGACUGAGAAGCCGUCGAAGGGCCUCUUUAAGACGGCAGUCCACACCACGAAAUUGGUCGAGCACGUCGCGAAGCACCGUUGCACUUGACGCUUGCAUCUGUUUCGGUGGAGCCGAACAUUCUCCCGGGAGGACUGACUUGUCUGGUUAUCACCGCGACACCCAAGUGUGUCGUGGGCCUGAGCCUCAACUGUUCUAGCUCUGCGUCAACUUCUUGACAAACUGAAGUGGGCUAAUCUUAUCCCUUCUGACUACGGCUGAAAAAUGCCUGCGAAUAAAUUUCUUACAGUGGUUAUCUCGAGGAA